GCGGGGCAGAGGCCGAGUCCUGGGGGUCCCGCCCGCUCCGGUCACCGCCCACUCCUCUGCAGUCCAGGCAGCUCCCGGAGACUCUCCCUCAGCCCGGGGCAAGCGCCCCAGGUCUCCGGCCCGCAGCAGGGGCGACCUGUGGCCUGGGGCCAGGGCCGGAGGCGGGCCGAGCCAAGGGCCGCCCCCGGGCCGACCCUCCCCCUGCCGGGCCCGCCCUCCCCGCCGCGGCGCUGAAGGAGGGCGGGGCCCCUCGGGUCAGUCUCAGCCUCCGGCACCGGCCGCGCAGCUGGAGGCGGCGGAGCGGAAGCCCCAGCCAUGGCUGCAAUCCGAAAGAAGCUGGUGAUUGUGGGGGAUGGUGCCUGCGGAAAGACCUGCCUCCUCAUUGUCUUCAGCAAGGAUCAGUUUCCAGAGGUCUACGUCCCCACUGUCUUUGAGAACUACAUCGCAGAUAUUGAGGUGGAUGGCAAACAGGUGGAGCUGGCUCUCUGGGACACAGCAGGGCAGGAAGACUAUGAUCGCCUUCGGCCUCUCUCCUAUCCAGACACGGAUGUCAUCCUCAUGUGCUUCUCGAUUGACAGCCCCGACAGCCUGGAAAACAUUCCUGAGAAGUGGACCCCGGAGGUGAAGCACUUCUGCCCCAACGUACCCAUCAUCCUAGUGGGGAAUAAGAAGGACCUGAGGCAAGAUGAGCAUACCAGGAGAGAGCUGGCCAAGAUGAAGCAGGAACCCGUUCGAUCUGAGGAAGGCCGGGACAUGGCAAAUCGCAUCAGUGCCUUUGGCUACCUUGAGUGCUCCGCCAAGACCAAGGAGGGAGUGCGUGAGGUUUUUGAGAUGGCCACUCGGGCUGGCCUCCAGGUCCGCAAGAAUAAGCGCCGGAGGGGCUGUCCCAUUCUCUGAGAACCCAAUGGCCUCCUAUUGCCCCCUUCCUUCACAGGGGCUUAGUGAUUACUCACCUGUCCUUGAACUCCACCCUUACGACUCCAUGCUGAAGGGUCCCUUUUUCAGUUCCCCCCUGCCCAGGACUGCAUCAAGUUUCCCUAGUCCCCAAAGUGGUGGUGGUGGUGGUGGUGGUGGGGCUGCCCUCCCUCCCUGUCCUCUGGGAACUGGGCCUGUGCCCUACCCUCCCUGAGCAGAGUCCCUUCUGCUGCCCUGGUCCAGGGGUAGGGCCCUUGGUCCCUUUGGCCCUCCCCAGAGGAUGGUCACACACCAGCACUUUAUAUACUUCUGGCUCAGAGGAGCAUUUCUAGGGUAGGUGAACUAGGGUUUCUCCUUUGGGCAAGGGCCUCGUCUCUGACUGCAUGAAUAAAGGCCACAGGUUCCAACAUGUGUGGCAGCUUCCCA